AUGCUCAAACGAUUUAUUAGACCAUUUAUUACUACACCAAUAAGUUUAUAUGCAAUUCCAAAGAAGAACAAACUACCACCAAGACCACUAUGGCUAGUCAAGGAGGACGAAAUUGAAGAAAAAUUUAUCAAAUCAGGUGGACCAGGUGGGCAAAAAGUGAACAAAGUUAAUACAAAAGUUGAAAUCAGACACAUUCCCACAAACAUUGUUGUUUCCUGUCAAGAAUCAAGAUUACAAGAAAGAAAUAGAAUUAAAGCAAGAGAAUUAUUAGCUUUGAGGUUGGAUGAUUUGUAUAAUCCUGGAAACAGUAGAAAUGCAGUAUUGAAAGAGCGAGCUCAAAAGGUGAAACAAAGCAAAUCUAAGAAAAGUAAUAGAAAAUAUAAGCUUUUGGACGAAGAAAGUCGUUUAAAGAAACAAAAGGAAUUAGAAGAUGAGCAGAAUUUAAUGAAAGAACUAGAUAUAAAUGUUAACGCAGAUGAAUUUGAUGAUUUUAUCAAAAAUGCUAAAAUGGACUUAAAAUGA